AUGAGAGCAUCCCUCAACGAGAGCAAGAGGAGGUCUAAAUCAUCUACCUCCUAAAACACAGAAGAUUCAGUCGUUGGCCUCUGUAGUCUUCUGGAGUCCCUGCUUCAAGGAGUAAUGGGAAUUUCCAAAUGUGGGCUAAAGCUAAAAGAAAAAGAAGGCACUGCCCCACUUAUUCUAGGGGGGCUCCUGGUCUCAGUCAUCUGGGCAGUCUGGUCUAUGCCUCCCUGUCUUAUGCUUCCCUGCUACAUUCUGAAGAAGAGGCUGUCAGUUUUCCAGUGCCCCAGUAGCCAGUAACCAACCUGCAGACGCUCUCACCGCUGAGCCACGAAGCUUUGUCCACCCAGCCAGGACAAUGUCUAGAUACCAGGAGAGCCAUUCCAGCCCUCACAGCCACAUGGGCCAUCCCAACAAUACAUCCUUUCAAGCCCGAACUCCAGGCUGGAUCAAAUGCACCGGCCCAAACGAGGUGAAGAGCCUCAAGCACCACCACACCCCGAGCUCAGAGUCCAGCAGCUACAGGAGCUGCUCUGAGCAGCCCUUCAGCCUUGGCUCCAGUAGGCUUCCACUGGGGAGAAUCUGCAUGGGCCGGCCCUACCACUCCAACUAUGUAGAAACAAGUCACCUGGUGAAGCCCAAGGCGGCCAGAAAGCCUGCUUGCCAGGAGAGCCCCUGCUGCCCGCUCUGUAUGGAUCGCCUCUCAGACCCUUCCAGCCACGCCUUCCUGGACCAGCUCAUCCAAGGCAUCAACUACUUGGACCGAUCCACCAACACCUUUAACAGCUGCCACAAGACACUCCAGAGCUUGCCAAAGCUUGCAGCCAACUACGUGGAAAGGGUUGCCAACUCCCUCGACUUAGACCACCAGGACCACCCCUUGCCCCAAAGCUACUCCAGCCCCAGCACCAGCAUGGCCAUCCCCGACAGCUCCACCACCAGCAAGUGCCUGGUGCCACCCCUCAGGGGUGCCAGUGCCCUGCAGUGCCUGGACGACUCCACCAACACGAGUUACCCGCGCAGAUCUCACUGCCAGAACUCCACGCGUACAAAGCUGCCCGAGUUCCCUUUGCUUGGCAAUGGCCUCUUUGCCUUAAGUCGCCUGCCCAAGGUCUGGGAAGCAAUCCGCUCAGGCUGGAGUGCCCCUGAGUCUGUCUCCAAACCCCCAAGCUGGUGGUGAUGCUGACGCCAACCAUGAAAUGGGCAUGUGCCCCUCAGGCCACAGUUGUGGAAAA